CAAAAAAAAACAACAACCUUCGAAUCAGUGAAUCAGAACGGAUAAACAAAUGAGAGUGUCGUUACGGUUGUUAGCGAAAAUGCCGCCCGUGCUAAAGAAGUUCGAUUUUCUUGUCAUUGGAGGGGGGUCGGGAGGAAUCGCCAGUGCUAGACGAGCAGCAGAGUUCGGUAUUAAAGUGGGACUAAUCGAAGAAGCUCGCAUGGGAGGCACGUGUGUUAAUGUAGGAUGUGUCCCAAAGAAAGUAAUGUUCAACACUGCAAUGCAUGCAGAAAUGAUCAAGGAUCACAAAGAUUAUGGUUUUGAUGUAGACUUCAAGCAGUUCACCUGGGGGACAGUGAAGGCGACCCGAGACAGCUACAUAAAACGACUGAAUGGAAUUUAUGAAACCAAUUUAGACAAGUCCAAGGUGGAGCACAUUCAUGGUCAUGCCAAGUUCACAGAUGAUGGGAAGGUUGAAGUGGCAGGCAAUCUGUAUGAGGCCGAUAAGAUUCUGAUCGCUACAGGGGGUUACCCAGUCAUCCCACAGACUCCAGGGGCGGAGCAUGGAAUUACAAGUGACGGUUUCUUUGAACUUGAAGACCUUCCAAAGCAUGUGGUCGUUGUAGGAGCUGGUUACAUAGCUGUGGAGCUGGCGGGAAUAUUUGGGGCAUUAGGUGCCACCACAUCACAGCUGAUUAGAUAUGACCAGGUACUGAGAAAUUUUGACUCCAUGAUAAGUCAGGCAGUUACUGAGAACUUAGAACACGGAGGAGUGGAAGUCAGGCGUAGAACACAGAUAAAAAAAGUUACCAAAGAGGGAGAUGGCACUUUAACAUUGGAGCUGAACUCUGGUGAGAUCUCGGGGGUAAACUGCUUACUGUGGGCUGUGGGAAGACUGCCUCACACUGCAGGGUUGAACCUGGAGAAACUGGGUGUUCAAAUGGAUAAGGCUGGUCAUAUAGUGGUAGAUGAAUACCAAAACACAACUGCCAAAAAUAUUUAUGCUCUGGGAGAUGUUUGUGGCAAAGCCCUUCUGACUCCAGUUGCCAUAGCAGCAGGUCGUAGAUUAGCUCACAGACUCUUUGACAACAAGCCAGACUUGAAGCUAGAUUACAGCAACAUUGCCACAGUCGUAUUCUCCCAUCCACCAGUGGGUACAGUGGGCUUGACAGAAGAGGAAGCUAGAACUAAAUAUGGCCCUGAGAACAUAAAGAUCUACACCUCGAAUUUCACACCCAUGUAUUAUGCUGUCACCUCCAGGAAGGAGAAGUGCAUGAUGAAGCUGAUCUGUGCCCUCCCAGAUGAAAAAGUGGUGGGUUUGCACAUGGUGGGACAGGCUGUAGAUGAAAUGCUACAAGGAUUUGCUGUCGCCAUAAAAAUGGGAGCCACCAAGGCUCAGUUUGAUGAAACAGUGGCCAUUCAUCCUACGUCAGCUGAAGAGCUGGUAACCCUCCGAUAAAAAGUAGCAGCAGUUUUCUACCUCAACAACCACGAGUUGUUAAUAUCAGCGAGAACUUUGUGUAUCUGUCAGACAUGCAUUGAUUCACUUUUCAUCCUUCUUUACACAAUGUUACUAUUGAAGGACAAAGUCUGCCAUAGCUUAUUUUAUUACAUCAUUACAUUCUAAUGAGUUCUAAUCAAUUUGCAAUGUACAUUAAAGACAUCAUUUAUAUCAUAUCAAUUUUCACUGUGAUAUACAUGUAAAUAUAUAAAUCUAUUGUAAUUAUAUUUUCUAAUAAAAACACAAAAUUAUCA